GUGGGUUCGAGAGCAGGGUGUCGCCGCGGUGGCUCCCAUUCGAAGGCGACGGCGGUCGUCUGUUUUGGCUCGCGAGUCCUAAAGGAGGCGAAUUGCUGCUAAACGGCGGUUUUAUUUGACGACGCGUUCGCCCCGCGACUGAUUCCGAUCGCUCCGAGCCGGCGCCGCAGCAGGGGCGUGGGAAUGACGGCUGGUGCGCCAGGCAUUUGAAUUAGCUCGCCGUUAGUCGGAAGACACAGCGAGUCGGGUCGGGUCGGGGAGACAGGAGCCAUUUUGUCCCGACCGUGCGGGAGAGCGAGUGGAAGAAGCGAGGCAUCGCCCGGGACGGGAGACGACUGCGGCUCAGUGUUCUGCUGCUGUAGGGGGCAGCGACCGGGAUCCGGCUAACAGCCUUAUUCGGCGGACACGCGCGGUUCUGGGCGGUACUGACCCGGCCAGCUAAUCAGCACGUCCCAGUUGCACGGCCAGCAGAACGCGGAGCGGCUUGAGAGCGGUUGGCUAAAGGAGCUGGCUCGAGGUCUGUCGCGAGCGCGCUAGAGUAAACGUUUUGUCCCGGUCUCGUGAGCGCGUCCCUGCUGUCCCGAUGGCGAAGAAGACGUACGACCUGCUGUUCAAGCUGCUGCUGAUCGGGGACUCGGGCGUGGGAAAGACCUGCGUGCUGUUCCGCUUCUCCGACGAUGCCUUCAACACAACCUUCAUCUCCACCAUUGGAAUAGACUUCAAGAUCAAGACUGUUGAACUACAGGGAAAGAAGAUCAAACUACAGAUAUGGGACACUGCAGGGCAGGAACGGUUCCAUACCAUCACCACCUCCUACUACAGAGGAGCCAUGGGCAUCAUGCUGGUCUACGACAUAACUAAUGCCAAGAGCUUUGAAAACAUCAGCAAAUGGCUGCGCAACAUUGACGAGCACGCAAAUGAGGAUGUUGAGCGAAUGCUGCUAGGCAACAAGUGUGACAUGGAGGACAAGAGGGUCGUACCAAAAGCCAGGGGGGAGCAGAUCGCCAGGGAGCACGGCAUUAGGUUUUUCGAGACGAGUGCUAAGGCCAACAUCAACAUUGAAAAGGCUUUUCUCACGUUAGCAGAAGACAUCCUAAGAAAGACACCUGUGAAAGAGCCCAACAGUGAAAACGUGGACAUCAGCAGCGGAGGCGGGGUCACGGGCUGGAAGAGCAAGUGCUGCAGCUGAACAACUCACCUCCGUCUCAGUCACACACACGACCACACACACUAACACGCACACACAAGAGACAGACACACACUCUCUCCACCUCCUCUCUCUGUCUAACGACUAACCCUGACCCCCGCCCUCUAACCUGUCACAUGACCUCUCGCACACUGACACUGUCUCAGAUAAACAGUAAACCACUUCUCUCUCUCUCGUCUGCCCCCCGCCCCCCCCCCCCCCUCCACUGCUUUCUGAUGAUUUUCUAUUUCCGAUAAAAAGAGAAAUCACGUCAUGUUUCCUGUCAUUUGUUUUAAAAAAGAAAAGAGACAAAAAGACAAGCUCACAUUUUUAUCAUUCCUUCGCCUGAGCACACCUGCUUGGACCCCCCCCCCUCCCCCCCCCCCUCCAAAACCCAGAGGAAAAUGAAAAAAGUAUAAAAAGUAAAGAAAAGCUGAGUAUAGGUUAACAUUUUGUACACUAGUGGGGUUUCUGUGUCUACUCGUAUUCGGUCAUCUGUCAGUUGUUACCACGGUGACGGAGGCGUGGCUAGCUCCUUUUGUAUGUGGGGUUUAUUUUGUCCUGUGCCUUAUAUGAAAGACAGGGGCGGGGCUGAGUGUUGGGCGGAGUCAUAUCCACCUAACGACGUCACCGUUUGACACCCUGUGAGCUGUGGCUCCUCCCUGCCGAGCGGAACGGAAGCGUUUGAGUCCUCCUGCAGCCACGAGACGGCGGCAUUAUGUCCUCUUUUUACUUCCUGUGGGUUAUUUUGCAUUGUUCUGUUUUUUGUUUUUCUUUUAGGUAUUUUUUUUUUUUUUUAUCCUGCAUGCAGAUUUCUUUGGGUUGGUAGCGUUCCUGUAACAUAUAAUAUUUGCCACUGGGGCAACUGUGGGCGGGAGGCUCAGAAGUUCUCUUUUGGAAUUCAAACAGAUUUGCAGAUCCAUUAAACAAUAAGCUUGUUUAAGUUACCUUGUUUGU